CAACAAUCAGUUACCAGUCACAACCUGAGUUGUUCGUACGCGAUGUUUUUCGAAAGUUUUCUAUUAAAUUUACUCAUCUUACUCAUUCUUAUAAUAGCAUUGCUUUUCGAUUAUGUGACGAAAUACUUCAGCUAUUGGUACAUACGACAUAUCCCUAAUAAAACGCCGAUACCCUGUUUCGGAACUGAUUACCAUCGUAUUAUCGGCUUUAGAAGUACAUCACAGGAAGUGGAUACAUUAUACAAACAAUAUUCAGAGAAAUUUGUGGGAUGUAUCAAAAGCAGAAUCCCGGAUUUAAUUGUGAAAGACCCCGAUGUAGUAAGGAAAAUUCUAUCAACGGAUUUCUUGAAUUUCCAUUCUCGAGGCCUCGGGCUGGACAAAUCUCGGGAUGUUUGUUUACGAAACAAUUUGUUUUACGUUGAAGGUGAAAAAUGGACUCUACUAAGAGAUACAUUAGAAACAUUAUUGAAUAAUAUGAAAUUUGAGACACAAGAAGGCUUACAUGACUGUUUGUCCGGAAUCAAUGGAGAUACGAACAUUCAACAGUUAUUGUGUAUGAUAUUGGAUAUUGUUUUUAAAGAUUUACUCAUCGGUAAUGAUGUAGAAGAAUGUAUUAUAACACAUUUGAGACAGAGAGCUAUAAAGCGCUCGUUCAAAGAUAAAGCGAAGACCUAUUUGAAAAAUAUUUUCCCGUCGCUUUUUGUCCUAUUUAACUUGGAGUCGUCGCUUACUACAGAGUGUUUAAAAGUACGCAAUAUUAAUGAAACGAAGUUGUACAAAGGUUUUAAGAAGGCCAAAUCAAUUUCUCAACUCGAUUCGAAAUCAAUUAAAGUGAGAGCUGAAAAUGAAAUAGAAUUAGGUGUACUGUCGUUAUUUAUUACUGAAGGCUACAUACCUUGUUACAAUGUACUAACAGCGCUAUUAUACGAAUUGGCAAAACACCCCGAGAUCCAAGAACGUGCAAGGAAUAAUGAAAAUAAUCUUAAUUUAGCUAUAAAAGAGACUCUGAGGUUAUACUCACCAUACGCAAAUAUUACUCGUAAAUGUAUAGGAAGAUAUUUGGCUUCCAAAGACUUACUCAUUGAUAAGGGAGUGAUGAUAACUAUACCUACAUCUUCUAUGCAAAAAGACGAAACAUUAUUUAAUGACCCUGAAUCUUUUAAGCCGGAAAGGUUUGAAAAGACUGAUGCUGUGGAUGGCUUUUACCCAUUCGGGAUGGGACCGAAGAAGUGUGUUGGUGAAAAUCUAGCAAUGAGCCUGAUAAACGGAGUCGCUGCUGCCAUACUACAAAAGUUUUCCAUCGAGGUCUGCGAUGCAACAGUUACCGAACUACAAAUGGUGGAUCACGAUUUCAUGAGAAUUUUGGAUUCUAAUGUUUGGCUUAGAUUUAAACCUCUCAAUACCAAUCAUAGUUAAUAUAGAAACCUAAACAGGUUUCUAUAGACAAACGUCUAAGAAAUAAUAAGCUCGGAAUAUCCAAGGGUAUGAAAUAAAUUAUUGUUAAAAUAACACUAUUUUAAGGAAAAUUUAUCGAAAAAUAGCAGAAUAGCCAGAAUUGUUUAUUAGUUUAGUUUGUAUUAGCACAUGAUUGUGAGAUAAUGUUGUAAUAAAUUAAUCAAUUUGAUAUUACCAAUAUUGAUGUCUUAAUAAAUAUUUGUAUCAAUUAACUAAGUCUAAAUUUAAUUUGUAAGCACAAUUUAUGAACGACGCAGAACUCUAACCCGUGACCUUUCAGGUUCCGUCCGAGCGCUCUUCCACUAAGCCGACCUUCUGAGUGACGUACGGUUCGUAAAUCUUGGUAUGCCUUGUUCAACUCUUAGAUUGUGGCUCCAUCUACAGGAUGUACUUUACAGUUGAUAACCUGCUCAACCCCAAUAAUUGCAUAUUAGGAAAUUGACUUGAGGUGACGCUCUUUCAAAUCUAAACAGAUUGUUAUUUUUUAAAAUUAUAGCCCUCACUUAUGGAAUUAUUAAAUUUAAUUUGUAUGAUAAUUAAUCCCAGAAGUGAGGAAUAUCAUUUUAUAAAUAAGAAAUUGUAUAGUAACUUGUCUUACAAGUUCCACCAUUUUCUCCCAUUGCAUCCUGCAUCAAUGUGUUUAAUAUUUUGUAUUAAUCAUGCGGGAAAAUUAGUAUCUUGGCGCUCGAAGUUGCGUUUAAAAAAGAGCCGUUAGCCCAUUUUAAAAUUACGCGUGAGUUUUUUUGUAAAAUAAACUGUUGUUUGAGUGCGAAAACUUUACUUGUCGCACGCAAAUUAUAAUUGGCACACGCAAAUUUAGAUAAAAUUGCUAAAAUAAAUAAAUAGUAACAAAUAAGACACAAUCGAAAUAUCAAAACUGAAUUGAGGUUCGAGUUGCACAAUAAUAAACUAUUACGGGUUUAUUUUUAAUAUUACAAAUAAUAGUUUUAGUUACUUCUUAAAAAAUGAGCUGUAUGUUAGUUAAAGUGUGCUCAAAAUAAAUACAGCUUACGUGAAAAAAACCGACACAAAAACAUUUUAAAUAUUGGUUUUCUCGUAUAAAUAAAUACAUAAUAUAGCAUUCACCAAGCAAACACUUUAAUUUUAUGUACAGACUGAGUAAUUCAAAUGAAUGGUUCGUUAUUUUUGGUAUAUUUUUAUGGAGGAGGAGAUAAACCGAUCCUCUGCGACCUCUCUCUGAAGCACCAGCGGAAUCACAAGAUCUUUGCCUACCUUUUAAAUAGUUGAGUAAACGUACAUAUUAAUUCAAAAACCGGAAACUAACACUAUUGUGUAGAGUAAAUACUAAUCCUUUUAGCAAUGAAUCACGCACAGUAUUUGUGACUUAUCUUCAAUAAUAUUUUAUUUUAAAAAAAAUAUUUAAAGUUUUAAUUUAGUAGAUUAAGACGUUUUUUCUAUGCAUACAAUUAUGUGUUGCGUUAUAUUAUAUUGCUAAUCAAGUUAAACAGACACAUUGGUGCGUGGCGGGUGAAGACCAAACCGGGAGCCCUGCCGAUACUUUCAAAAGUAGUCCUGAAUGUAAUGUAAUGUAUUUGACGUUUCCUUUUAGAAAACCGCGCGCAGGAACUUUUUUAUAUGGACUUUCGGGCCAUUGGCUGGCGGUGUGGCCUCUCUAACCGUGCUAAUCGUCUGAUUUAAGCGUUACACAAGAGCGUCAGAUUUAAUACCGUUACACGAUAUAUGUAAGUACGUAUAGUUGCAUUAUGAUAUGGAACACCCUUUCGAAAAGUAUUUAUUUGGAAAACUAUGUAUUUUAACUUCGUAAAGGAUAUAUCCGAUUAUUUCACUAUUAUACAUACGUGUAUUGGUUUAUUAAUAUAUCUACCAUCGUAAAGACAAAAUAUGCUGCUACCCACAAAAAUACUGAAUACUUCUAAUAAUCCUCAAUUUAAUUAUAUAAACCCUUUGAGAAAUAGCUAAAUAUUGUAUGGUCGAAUUGUGUAUCUUAUAUAUAUGUCGCGAGGGCAUAUUAUAUCUAUCUCUUAUGAUAAAAUACUAUAUCCAUUCUAAUACUUUAAAAAUUGACAAUUAAUCCUUAUCAUUUUAUUACUACAAAAUAUUAAUCAUUCAGAAA